AGAAUUCUUGACCUCUCGUGCGAGAAAGGUACAUGUAUCCUUUGAGUUUAGUCAUGGGUAUCCGGGAAUGAUUCGGAAGCCUACAAUAAGAUCCACACAAUCCCUCCACAAAACAACACCACAAGAGACAACGCACAACGCCACCGAAGAGCGAAGAGCAGAGUACGGUAGAGCAUCGAAUCGAAUCCUUCCAUCUAUUCUUAUACUACUAGUACUUUGCCAUGGCUGAGGUUGAUCUUGAGAGUCACGUGUUGGUGAACAAGGGUCUCUCUAUUGAGAUAAUGGAGGGAAUGGGUCGAGUGGCUGUGGCUACCAAACCCUUGGAUAACAGUUACUUGUACCAAGUCGUCCUCUGUGAAAGACCACUCUUGGUGUGGGAAGUUGGAGACAUGGAAGACUUUGUCCACCAAUUCCAGAGUGCCCCACAGGAAACCCAGGAUGCCAUUAUGGACAUGUUUCACCCUCCUCUGGAUUCAGAUUCCUCUCCUAUCAUUGCCAAGUUCAGAGACAUGGCUGGCCCACUGGCAGAAGCUACCGGUACUGACGUGACCUGGGCACACAAAAUCCUGGCCAUUUGUGCCACCAAUGCCCACAAAUUCUACAGUGGAAAGACCACAAGUCGAAAACCACACUCGGCCAUAUUUGCCUAUGCUUCCAAAAUCGCUCAUUCCUGUAUACCCAAUCUCGCCUACACAUCCGUUAAAAGCGAGGACGACAACAACCAGGGCGCACUGCAGUACAAAGUCAUUCGAAACAUUCCAAUGGGACAACCGGCGGCAUUCUCCUACAUUGGCGGUGGAAGAGUCCUCUACCAGACACCCACACACGAACGACGCGAAAAGCUCUGGCGCACUAAAUCAUUCGUUUGUCAAUGCAAGCGUUGCAGUGGACCCGACUACUGUCGCUCUGUACAAUGCAAUACAUGUACGCAAAAAAUGUUUGUCCCAUGCAUAUACAAUAAUGAAGAAAACGACUACCAACCGACCUGGACUUGUCGCCGAGAAGCCUGUGGGAUUCGCAAUAGUCAAGACAUUCAACUACAAGAGAAACUAUUCGAUGAUCGACUGCAAGCCCUAUUCCAACAACAUCAACAACAAACAGACAAUGAAACACAAACAGACGACAGUGCUAUUCAGGCACUCCAGGAUCUGAUUGAGGAAUCGAAAACUAGCCUCUCACCAGUUCAUCACAUUACCAUUCAAGCACUGGAGACGCUGGCGAAAUGGACUGCAGCCAAUGCAGCUGUCACUAAAGAAACCAUUGCCAAAGGGGGGUUAUUCAAAAUUGCAGCAGAAGCAUCCCUACAGGUGGUGCUCGGUUGCGAGUGCGUGGCGUCUGGUUGCCCUGGUUGUUUUGAUGCCGCCGUCUUGUUCUCAUCGUCAGCAGCCAAUGGCACCAGUACCGGUACAGGAGAUGUACUUGCACAACAUGACCCAAUCUACGAAAUGGGUGUCACGGCAUUCACGGCUAGUAAACUCUUGAUGCAUGUUCCAGAGGCAUCAAGGCCUCCCCAUGCCAUGUCCAUGAUCCAACGGUAUCUACCUAUCAUCGCGCAAUUGGCAGCCCCGUAGCUCAAAACUUGUGGGUUCCGGUACAUGAUAGCUGUGGGUUUCUUAAAAACGACCCCAUUUAUUCAACUUGUAAGCUGAGGUGAAUGUAGAUCAUUGUUACUGCACCAUGACAGGCUCCUCUUUGUCUUCAAACUCACGGCAA